CGCAAACGGAAUGUAUAUAACCAACAACUAAAUACGGCAUGUCUGCCAUGUUUUGAGAACCGUCCUGUAAACACAGUGAUGAGAGAUAAGCAAUAGCAGGUGCAUCACGAUUGGCUUGACUUUCACACAAGUGUCUCUGGUUGCGAAAAUGAACCACCCGUCGACGCUUAUCCUACCUUGGGGGUUGAAGAGCUGGCUAGUUGCGGUCAGUCGCGCGGUUCUACUGGAGGAGCCGUCAAAUGUCCUGGCGUUCAUAGCAUCUUACUGCGGCCAGCUUCUCCAAUUGAAGAAAGAACAUCCAAAUAUUGAUAUUCAAGAGCUCUCAUACAUCUUCAGAGAUUUAAGGGGAGGUCACUCUGAUGACUACCAGGGAACCAUCUCCUUCACUGGUCUGGCGGAAUCUGUUUUGAGUGAAUGCUCUCACAAAAUAUCUGAGGAACGAGACGACGCAGCACCAUGUCUGUCUGCAUCUGAUACAUCAUCAAUCCAUGUACACUGUGAGGAGCCUGGCCACCCGGCCAUGGAGGAUGACACGGUCAGCAGUUCAGUGGUCCAGUCUGCAGUGUACCAGAGAGAUCCGUCAGUCAGUGGCGUGGUCGACGUCGAGAACACUGUGCUCAUCCACACUUCCAGGACUCCGUCCGAGCAUGUGAUUAUUGUUCACUCCGAGUGUCUCCCUGAGACGCUCAUCUUCCACAGCGAAGCCUUGCCUUCAUCCAACGGAUCCCCUACGACAUGUGACCUGACCCCUGCUCCUAGUCCUGUCCCUAGUGAUGAGGAAUGGGAGGAACCAGAGGGAGUGUCUAGUGUGGUCAUGUUUCAUAAGGUUCCCUUGUUUGAGGACCUGCCUCACCCACCGUCCAUGGGGGAACUCCCCUAUGUUGCUGCUGUGGAGACUAUGACUGAUGAGGAUAUAUCCUCAAGCAGUGACAAAGUUCCCUCGCAGGAGAACAUGUCUGGCACUCAAUCUGUUCAGGUCUUUUUCUCAGCAGCCUCAGAGGUAGAAUCAUCUGGUCAGAUGAGAAAUUCAACAAGCAGCUUUGAGGAUCUGGCUGUGGACAAGAUGUCUGAUGUGAUUAUACCUCACAAGGCCCCUUCCUAUAAAGAGCUGCCUCAGUCAACAUCACCUAUAAAGCAAACUUCAGUUGUUUCCCCUGAAUACUCGGGAAGUGAUAUUACUGCAAAAGCUCCAUCUGAAACAGAACUAGUUGAUGCAGCACAGAGAGUGUCCCCAGUCAGGAUACCCAGUAGAGAGGAGGGUGUGGGGAGAACAGCAGAGACACCAGAGAGACACACAUCUCCCAGAGUAUCCCCAAGAGCUUCUCCAGGAGUUUCUCCACAAACCUCUCUUGUAUCAGCUCAUGUUGGUGAAUCUCUGUAUGGUACAGACAUUUCUCCACAAUCCAGUCUGCCUAGGAUUCCCUCUGCACCAUCAAUGGAGGAGCUACUGGUGUCUCCAUCUGCUUCUGUUGGUAGAAUUUCACCAGCAGUUUCAAGAAGAUCUUCAAGAAGUAGUUUGUCAGAAAGAGCUCCUUCGGAAUCAGCAGUGGGGAAAACAGCAGAGACAUCAGAAAGACACACAUCUCCCAGAGUAUCUCCACAAGCAUCUUCUGUGAUGAUUGAUCAGGUGCCUAAUCUGGAGACAUCUGAAAGAUCACUGACGACCUCAACUCUGCAUUCAGAAGAUUUCAAGUUUGCAUGCAUUUCCUAUCACAACGUGGCCCAUGGAACCACACAAACUGAGGAGAGACCAGUGUCACAGAGAACUACACAAACUGAAGUUUCAGCAUUGCAUAGAACUACACAAACUGAAGUUUCAGCAUUGCAUAGAACUACACAAACUGAGACGAGACCAGCAGCCCACAGAACUACACAAACUGAAGUUUCAGCCUCUCCUCUGCCUGGCGUUGCUGCCAUGGAACAUCAGAAUCCAGCAGAAGAACUGGGAUUGGGGCCUUCACCUGCUGAGGAUGUUACUGAAGUAGCAGAAUGGGUCAAUCCAGACAACAUAGAGACAAGCAAAUUAACCGAAUUGGUCAGUCCUCAACAUGUAGAAAAUGCACCAAUAACAGAACUGGUCAGUCCUCAACAUGUAGUGAAUGCACCAAUAACAGAAUUGGUCGGUCCUCAACAUGUAGAGAAAGCACCAAUAACAGAAUUGGUCAGUUCUCAACAUGUAGAGAACGCACCAAUAUCAGGAUUGGCUUGUCCACCCCAUGAAGAGGCAGUAACAUUUGAAAAUCCUAAAGAGAGUGUUGAAACAGAAGAGAAUGUUGAAACGUCAACUGUAGAGGUAACUUCCAAACCCCAGCCUGAAGACACUACCAAUGCUCCACCCUGUCCUGGGCCAGAGACACUACAGAUAGUCCAGGAAGAAUCAGCCACCCAGACACCAGAGGAGGAGUCUGUCCAGGCGGAACUAACCACCAAGACACCAGAGGAGGAGUCUGUCCAGGAGGAACUAACCACCAAGACACCAGAGGAGUCUUUCCCAAGAGUCCCCACACCUCAGUUCCUCUUGCCAAUUCAUACUGCAGAGGGCCGUCAGCAGAACCGAACCAAACCUGCCAAUCUGAUCAAGAUGGCUGUCGCUGAGAGGAACCACCUGAUCAAGAGACUUGCCAAGUCAGACCCACUAAAGAACAGAUUGGAUGGGUCUAAAUCUGCUACCAGAGUGAGAGAAGUGUCCUACGCCACUAAUAUGAUGAAGCAACGGUCCCAGACAGCCCCACAGCCCAACAUCAAACGAAUGUUGAACCUAACAGCAAUGGAGGAGCAGCAGAACUUCCAGGGUGUCCCCGUUGGAGAAGGACGCAUAACUCCAGAUAUGGACCCUGCUCGGGAAAGCUCUAUCAACAAAGUCUGGACCCUUUAUCAUCUCGCUCAGGAGACAGGCAACUUGUCUUUGAGUGUGUUGUCCCAACCAUCAUUCAAUGGCCGUGCAUACAUUGAAAGUGUUGAUCCAGAGCAUGUCUUGUUGUCAAAGAGGACCUCCCACAAUUCAGGUCUAGACUCAGGUCAACUCACGAGUGGACCGACACAGGGACAUUCAGGCCAGACUGUGCAGACUGUCCAUAAGUUAGACACUCCCGACACUCAGCAAAUCAAAAUCCCCAACUAUCUCCUUGUGGAACGUUCAUCCGCAACCUCGGACAUAGCCUCUUCCCAAGAGAGAAAGCCAGCAGAUCAAGAGAGUUGUGUGGUCAACAGGGGACGCUGUACUGGCUUCCUGUCCUUCUCUGUGCCAAUUGACAGUUUCUGCGGAGCAGAGUGGGGCUGUCGACCGCAGUUCCUGCAGGUCACAAGCGACGAUGGAGACGUGGUCUAUUCCCCUGCGUUCAUACAGUCUAUCAACCCAUGUAGACCUGGUGCAGAUGAGGUCGCGGAGAGGACAGACACACGCCCGACAACUUCACCUGCCCACAUGGAAUGGUCUUUCAAAAUCAGCAUAAAAGGACAGACUGUGGGGGAUGAUGAAGUUGAGCAAGAGAAGUGAUGGAUCAAAUUUAAGUUUUUCCGUCUGCAUUGAACUCUUGUAAUAAAUGCAAUUCAUCUGAA